AUGGUGAUGAUUGAAAAGCAAGGGGCUGCGAUAUUGAGCUGUGACCCAGGAAGAGAUCAAUGGAACACUGUUCUUGGAACUUUCUCAAAGAAUCAAAGCACAGUCCGAUCUGGAGGACUCUAUCUCUACCGGUAUGAUGUGCGAAAACAUCCCAGUGCCCAUGGACUCUUUCGGAUUGAGCUUGAGAAUUUUGCCGACGAGUCCAAAUUUCAUCCGCUCGGCAUCGAGUUUCAUGAGACCAGUUCUACUCUCAUCGUUGUCAAUCAUCACUUUGCGGGUGCGCGAAUUGAAAUAUUUAAUCUGGACACUACCUCAGACCAACCAGUGGCCAGACAUACUAUGACGAUCAUCGACCCGCUCAUCAAGACGCCGAACUCUGUCAGCGCUCUGAAUGAGCACGAAUUUUUCGUUAGCAAUGACCAUUACUUUCGCAUUGAGAAGGACCGAGUGUUAGCUAAGGUUGAGACCUAUGGCGCAAUUCCAUUAGGAAACAUUGUCUACGUUCAUCUGCACAAUGGUACAUCUGCUUCGGUCAGAUCUGUUGUCAAAAUGCCAUAUCCUAAUGGCAUCACACUUCUCAACGCCUCCAUGCUCGCAGUGGCAGCGACGAGCUCCUGUCAAUUUCAACUCUACACUAUCAGGUCGGACAAGACUCUCGAGUUAACAGAGACGGUCAGAGUCCCGAUGAUGCCAGACAACAUAUCAUUCGACCAAAAGGGCAAACUGCUAAUCAGUGGUCAUCCUCAUCCACCAACUCUGGGAAGGAUGGUGAAAGAACGGACUCAAUGUUUAGAAAGACUUCCUGACGAUGUGAGCGAGUGUCACACUAUGAGUGCUCCGAGUUGGGUGAUUGAGUGGACCGAAGCAGAUGGACUGCUGGUGAGUUCGGAUCAAGUUCCACAUCUGUACGAGACAAUGCGUACGGGAUAG